AUGAGUGCCCACGUUGUGGUGAUCGACGCGACAGCCAGACGGGCAACAAUCAAGACUACUCCCGCCAAACACUUGACAGAUAUCCUACAGGAAGCAUGUUCAAAGCUUGGAUAUAAUGCUAGCCAAUACUCAUUAAAACACAAUCGCAAGCAGUUAGAUCUGUCUCUUUCCUACCGUCUGUCUGGUCUCAGCUCUGGCGCAAAGCUUGAACUUGUUCAAAUCUCUCGCUCUCCGUCAGUCGUAACCGUUGGCCUGCAACUGCCUGAAUCGGAGGCUCGUGGUGCCCCGAAUGGCCGCAUACUUGAUAAGUUCCCUAGUACGACUACACUCUGGAUGGUACUACGCAAGUUCGAGGCGGGAGUUGCAGGGACUGGCCCGCCACGGAAUCUCACUUCACGGGCAGUGCCCUCUACCCAUGGUGGGGAUGUCCCCGGGAGACUGUACUAUGAGAUCCCCGUCCUUCAGAUUUUGGAACGUGAAGUAUCGAGUUUCACAGAUCUACAAAAAACCCUAGCCCAGCUAGGUUUCAACAGUGGCAAUGUUCUUAUUCGACUCAGUUUCCGACGGACAGAGGAGCCUAUCGAAGAAGCCAUGGUCAAGAUUGGCGAGUUCUUCAAGUCCCCGGAGGAUGAGGCUCCUUCAGCACAGGAUAAGAACACAGCGCCCGCCGCAGCGCCGGUAGCAGCUCCCAUUUACAGCACAAGCAAGGAGCCUGUUCAAGAGCUCUCCGGCCCAUUGCAGCCUCAGUCCUCCAGCGUAACCGCCGCGUCGGACGUUGCCCCUCCCCAAUCCAUCUCCGACCCGGCAACUUCCACAUUCGACUCUGGCCGAACGAUUACUGUCUUUUCCCCUCCCUCAGAAGAUACACCUUCGUCGGCAAAAUUGGACUACAAUGAGAGUGAUUACAUACCCACUAUCGAGCACGCAAAAAUGCACCAGCGGUUACUUAAUGAGUCCUCUCGCCCAAAGCGCCUGCCGACGGACGCUGAGAUCGCCGCUAAGGAAGAGGCAGAAGCGGCAAGGCGAGCAGCAAUUCAUGUGGUCGAUGUGAAGAUCCGUUUCCCAGAUCAGAGUCAAGUGGUCGCCAAGUUUGGGACCUCGGAUACAGGACUGUCGUUGUAUGAAUUCGCGCGAGCGUGCCUUUCGCCACCGUUCGCCGGUGAGAACUUCAUUCUCACCGUUCACGGUGUAUCCCGAUCCAAGCAUACAAACGCCAUACCUCCAUCAGAGAAGAAGCAUCUGAUUAAAGACCUAGGGCUGGCUGGCCGUGUGCUCGUGAACUUCUCUUGGGCUGAUAACGCUGCCUCGUUUGUUCAUGAACGCCGAGCGGAGAUACUACGCCCAGAGCUUCGGAGCCAGGCUCAACAGCUCAAGGUGGAGCAACCGCCGGAGCUCAAGGAAGAAGUGCCUGGUCCCUCACAGACUGGUCCGAGUAGCGCUCAGGGCGGCGAUAAGCCCAGCGGGGCACGGAAGAGUGGUGGUAUGCCUAAGUGGCUGAAGCUACCGGGUAAGAAAUGA